CAAAUCGAACGAAGUAGUCGCUGCUCUGUCUUUGUCUCUGUUAUCUCCCCAGCAGUCUCAAAGUUUCUGACCAGAGGCUUCAAGGCCCCUAUCUAGAUUACUUUUAUCUAUAUCAGUAGAUGUCCAGCUCUGUGAUCUUUGGAACGUUUAGAUAAAGAAGGUACCUCGUCCUAUGGAAGGGGAAUUUACAUUCCUAGUUACCCCCCUUCUCGUUCGUUCAAAUUUAAAAUGAUCGUUGCGUAUAUAAACAUCUGGUCCUUGAUUCUUCCACAGCCUUUAGUAUAUUUGCUCGUAAUUACAUAUCGCAUUUCUAGUGAUUUUUUUCAUGUCUAAUUGAGCUGAAAAUUCACUGUACAUAUCUUUGGCUCUGCAGUAAAAAACAGACUUGAUAAUGAUGUAUGUUAAUAUUUUCAUUUUCCGUCCCGGGAUUGUAUCACCAACUAACCUUUCUGAAUAACUACCACCACCAGGGUUUUUUUUAAUAGUGUACCCUUUUAAAACCUGUCUAGAAAUGUUCACUUAUGUUCCUAACGUUUCUAGCACUAAUUUGCUCACGGUGAUGCGAGUUAACCCGCCGUAUUUCUUCAGACUAGAGCUUUGACGACCCCGUUACCGUUAAAGACUAACGUCAACAGAACCUUCCCUUCUAUCUUGGGACCCACCCAGCCCAACCAAUUAGGGAGGUCUGUUCUCUCUAGCCUGUAGUUCUGGUUCGCUCUCUUGCCUUUUACUGCCUCUUGCCAAGACACCUGAGACUGACUCGAGAGACAAAGACUGUCCACAGCGACGUCUCCGCCACCGACCAGCCAGUUUUCCUAUGUUCGAAACCAGAUAACCUACAAUUUGAAAAAAUAUGGAGAACAUAGAACAGUGUAGCCCAGCUGGACGAUGAAUUAGCAAGCAUAAAUAUUUACGGGUGCCUGUGGUACACGAACGUCGUCGCUUCACAGACGUUAUGGACGAGGAAAUAGACGAUGAACGACGCCGGACCAUCUGGACAAACGCACGGCCAAGUUCAUCAGAGGACGCAUGGAGACGUGCGCUCUCGACGUGCCCAGAAGACUCAAAAGAGAAAUCCCAGCCCGGCUAGCGAUCACUGAAGACCCGGUCUCCCAGCUUCAGGAAGUGAGCUUCGGGACGCCGCCCUUCCUGAGGGAGAAGCCUGACACCUGUGCCAUUACCGACGGGUGCCCUCUCUCCCUGACAGUGGUCAUCAGUGGGGACCCUGAACCACUAGUACAGUGGUACAAGAACGAGGUUAUCCUGGGGGAGACAGAGAGAAUAAGUAUGGAGAACGUACCUGGCCGGUCCAUUCUCAAGUUCUCAGAGUGCCACGACUUCGACGUGGGUCUGUACAAGGUGGUGGCCAGGAACCAGAUGGGCGAGGCCAGCCACAAGUUCCGUUUGGUCCAGGGCCACAUCCCUGGCCCUUGCGACUGUCCAGUGGUGACGGAGGUCUCGGACACGGAGGCUCUGGUGCGCUGGAGGCCUCCCAUCGAUGACGGAGGUUCUCACGUCCUGUGCUAUCACCUGCAGAAAAAACUUCACGGUAAGUCAGAAUCGCUAGCGCUGGCACUUCUUGUUUUUUCUGUAGCAUUUAACGCUUAUUGAACGGAGGAUCGAACC